UCGUUGUCGUUGUCGUCGUCGUCGUCGUCGUCGUCUUAAUCGUCGUCUCUUCGGGAUUAAUAUCUAUUUAUAAGUUUACACGAGAGAGCGAGAACAAGAGAUAGAUAGAGAGUAGCGACGACGAUCGUGACGUUGCUCGCUACUGGUGCUAGUGCUACGUUAUCUUUGGCGUGCCGUUUGUGAUGAUGAUGAUGAUGGUGGUGUUGGUGAUGACGAUGGUGGUGCGUCCUUAAAAAGAAAGAAUUCGUCGGUGCGAGAGCUUACGCGAAAUACGAGAAAAAGUAGAGAAGAAGGCAAGUUCCGGUGCAAGUUCCGGUUACACGCUUGAACCGUCUUUAUUUUUCUUCGACGACGCUCUUUCUUCUCGCGAGAGAAAAACAAAGAGGAUAAAAAGUCAUCUUCUAUCCUGGUACUAGAAGAGAGGACGCGAAUCGAGCGCGAACGACAUCGCGUUUAAGACGGAUAUGAGGAGCGGAUACGCCCGGCUCACGUGAUACGCACACGAUCGUCUCUACCACCGACGGUUCUCUCUUCCAAAGAUAUGCGGUCAGGGAGGAAGGUUCGUAGGAGCCCAGUGCCGUAGCAUGCCGGCGUGCUGGGUGAGCCGUUGGUGCGCCAUUGAGUCCGCCGUGGUGGUAAGACAGUAUCUCGAGGAGGGUACUCGAAGCAGUAGCAGCAGGAGCAGGAGGAGGAGGAGAAGAAGAAGAAGAAGAAGGAGCGAUCUCGGCUGGAGAAGCAGCACGGAGCUCGACACUACCGACCGAUGAGCGCGGGGGGGGAUGGGGGCUCGGCGUUGGCUCCGUCAGGGCUGCCGGGCUCCCAGCCGAUGGCCGCGACCCCCUCGACCGCGACCCCCCCCGUCACCGGGCAGCACCAGCAGAUCGGACUAUCGGCCGUCGUCGAUCCUCAUCAGGCCCGUUCACAGACGGGCCCUGCCGGUCCCACUGGUCCUUCUACCGGCGCUCCGGCCGGUGCUGCUCCCAAGGCCGCGACCAAGAGACCCGCCCGCCGUGCUGGCAAACCGCCACCCGACAGGCCUAUCAGGGCUCUCUUUUGUCUGCCCCUCCAAAAUCCCAUAAGAAAGCUCUGCAUCGGUGUCGUCGAAUGGAAACCCUUCGAAUGGCUCAUCUUAAUGACGAUAUUUGCAAAUUGCAUCGCAUUGGCCUUCUACACGCCGUAUCCGUUCGGUGAUUCUAAUCAGACCAACCAGUAUUUGGAAAAGAUAGAAUACGUAUUUCUCGUCAUUUUUACGGCCGAGUGCAUAAUGAAGAUCAUAGCCUACGGAUUCGUCGCCCAUCCGGGCGCUUAUCUGCGCAACGGCUGGAACGUGCUGGACUUUACGAUAGUCGUCAUAGGAAUGAUGAGCACGGUAUUGGCGAUGCUUAUGAAAGAAGGAUUCGACGUUAAGGCGUUGAGGGCUUUUCGAGUGUUACGACCUCUCAGGCUGGUUUCCGGUGUACCAAGUCUUCAGGUGGUCCUAAACUCCAUUUUAAGAGCGAUGAUACCGCUUUUGCACAUUGCCUUGUUGGUUCUCUUCGUCAUCAUCAUCUACGCUAUCAUCGGCCUCGAGCUCUUUUCCGGGAAGAUGCACAAGACGUGUAGACACAACGUGACUGAUGAACUAAUGAGCGAUCCCGUUCCCUGUGGUCCUAUGGGUUUUCAGUGCAGUACCCUCGGACCCGAUUUCUACUGCAGCAAUCAAUUUUGGGAAGGUCCGAACGAUGGCAUUACGAACUUCGAUAAUUUUGGUUUGGCCAUGCUCACAGUCUUUCAAUGCAUCACCCUAGAGGGCUGGACCGAAGUACUUUACAACAUAGAAGAUGCGAUGGGAAGUUCUUGGCAAUGGAUUUAUUUUAUUUCCAUGGUUAUACUCGGAGCCUUCUUCGUGAUGAAUCUAAUUCUCGGUGUGUUGUCUGGUGAGUUCUCAAAGGAAAGAGAGAAGGCAAAGGCUCGGGGUGACUUUCACAAGCUCAGGGAGAAACAACAAAUCGAGGACGAUCUCAGAGGAUAUCUCGAUUGGAUAACGCAAGCCGAGGAUAUCGAGCCGGAAGCCGACGAGCCCAAAGCACAAGAUGGAAAGUCGAAACAACAAAACGAAAUGGAGAGUACGGAUCAAUUGGAGGGCGACGAGGAAGGGAUCCAACAGGAACCCGUUUGGAAGAGAAAGAAGAGAGAUUUAGACAGGGUGAAUCGACGAUUGCGACGAGCCUGUAGAAAAGCCGUGAAAUCGCAGGCCUUUUAUUGGCUCAUCAUAGUGCUCGUUUUUUUAAACACCGUAGUUCUCGCGACCGAGCAUUACAAUCAACCGCAUUGGUUGGACGAUUUUCAAGAGAUCACCAAUAUGUUUUUCAUCGCUCUCUUCUCCAUGGAGAUGAUACUGAAGAUGUACAGUUUAGGGUUUCAGGGUUACUUCGUCUCUUUGUUCAAUCGUUUCGAUUGUUUCGUCGUGAUCGGCUCGAUAACCGAGAUGAUCCUUACGAACACGAACGUAAUGCCACCUCUCGGAGUUUCCGUGCUCCGUUGCGUCAGACUAUUGAGAGUAUUCAAAGUAACAAAAUAUUGGAGAUCGCUCUCCAACUUGGUGGCUUCUUUGUUGAAUUCGAUUCAAUCGAUCGCCUCUCUCUUACUUUUGCUCUUCCUUUUCAUCGUAAUUUUUGCACUCUUAGGAAUGCAGGUUUUCGGUGGAAAGUUUAAUUUCGCCGAUCUCCAGGACAAACCAAGGCACAAUUUUGAUAGUUUUUGGCAAAGCUUACUCACCGUUUUUCAGAUAUUAACCGGUGAGGACUGGAAUGCGGUAAUGUACGUUGGAAUUCGAGCUUACGGGGGCGUUUCUAGUCCCGGCGUUAUAGCCUGCACUUACUUCAUUGUUCUCUUCAUAUGCGGUAACUAUAUCCUUCUGAACGUCUUCUUGGCCAUCGCGGUUGACAAUCUCGCAGAUGCAGAAUCGUUAACGGCCAUUGAGAAGGAGGCCGAAGAGGAGGCGGAGAAGAACAAAUCUCACAGUGGGUCGCCGGCGAGAGACGAGAUCAGCGGUGAAGCUGGAGAUGGCGGAGAAACUGGCGGCGAAGACGAGGGUGGUGCUACGGAUAUGGAGCACGAUCCUAAUGAGACAAUGGAGGAUUACGAGGCUGCUUUGGACACUGAAACAUCGGAGAAGAGCGACGACGGGAACACGCACAAAGUUCGUUUAAAUAUCGAAAUAUCGGACGAGGAAGCGGAGGAGGAAGAGGCCGAGCAGAACGAGAUACAUGAAGAAGGACAAGAAGUAUCGGCCAGGCCACGAAGAAUGUCCGAGUACAACACGGCUACGAAAAAGCAACCCAUCCCGCCGGGUUCCUCCUUUUUUAUUUUUUCUCAAAACAACAGAUUUCGAGUAUUUUGUCAUUGGCUUUGUAAUCACAGCUACUUCGGUAAUGUGAUCUUAGCCUGCAUCAUGAUAUCGUCGGCCAUGUUGGCUGCCGAGGAUCCAUUAAGUUCUUCUUCAUACAGAAAUCAGAUCCUGAAUUACUUCGAUUAUUUCUUUACUAGCGUUUUCACGAUCGAGAUCUGCCUGAAGAUGAUAUCGUACGGAUUUGUUAUUCACGACGGUGCUUUCUGCCGAUCGGCCUUCAAUCUACUCGACCUUCUUGUCGUCUGCGUAUCCCUUGUUUCUAUAGUCUGGAGUUCUGGCGCUAUAUCGGUGGUGAAGAUACUCAGGGUGUUGCGCGUUCUCAGACCGUUGCGCGCCAUCAACCGUGCCAAGGGAUUAAAGUACGUAGUGAAGUGUGUGAUUGUCGCCAUUAAAACGAUUGGCAACAUUAUGUUGGUCACCUAUCUCCUACAGUUCAUGUUCGCUGUUAUCGGGGUACAGCUGUUUAAGGGCAAGUUUUUCUAUUGUACCGAUGCAUCGAAAAUGACGAAGGAAGAAUGCCAGGGUACUUAUCUGGAAUUCGAGAAUGGCAAUAUCAAUAGACCUGUCGUUAGAGAAAGAGAGUGGGAGCAACGUCGUUUCCACUUUGAUGAUGUUGCCAAGGCGAUGCUGACCCUCUUUACGGUUUCAACAUUCGAAGGCUGGCCAGGCCUUUUGAAUUGGUCGAUCGAUUCGAACAAGGAAGAUCACGGACCGAUUCACAACUUUCGGCCGAUCGUGGCCGCCUACUACAUCAUCUACAUCAUCAUCAUAGCAUUUUUCAUGGUCAACAUCUUCGUGGGUUUCGUCAUUGUCACCUUUCAGAACGAGGGUGAACAGGAGUACAAAAAUUGCGAGCUCGAUAAGAAUCAGCGGAACUGUAUCGAGUUCGCGUUGAAAGCGAAACCCGUUCGACGAUAUAUACCGAAGCAUCGAAUACAAUACAAAGUUUGGUGGUUCGUCACUUCUCAACCGUUUGAAUAUACGAUAUUCACAUUGAUCAUGAUAAAUACCGUCACCCUUGCGAUGAAGUUCUAUCAGCAACCAACGCUAUACACCGAAGUUCUCGACGUGCUCAAUAUGAUUUUCACCGCAGUGUUCGCCCUCGAGUUCGUCUUCAAACUCGCAGCUUUUCGAUUCAAGAAUUACUUUGGCGAUGCCUGGAACGUAUUUGACUUCAUUAUCGUUCUCGGAAGUUUCAUCGACAUCGUAUACUCGGAAGUUAACCCCGGCUCGACCAUCAUUUCUAUUAAUUUCUUUCGACUAUUUCGAGUGAUGCGCCUCGUUAAACUGUUGAGCAGAGGAGAGGGCAUAAGAACGCUCCUUUGGACCUUUAUUAAAUCCUUCCAGGCUCUACCCUACGUAGCCCUUCUUAUAAUAAUGCUUUUUUUCAUCUACGCGGUAAUAGGCAUGCAGGUAUUCGGAAAGAUCGCGAUAGACGACGAAACGUCUAUAUAUCGUAACAACAACUUCCAAUCGUUUCCCCAAGCAGUCCUCGUAUUAUUCAGAUCUGCGACAGGUGAAUCUUGGCAAGAGAUCAUGAUGGACUGUUCCGCUCAACCGAGCAAAGUAAAGUGCGAUCCAAACAGCGACGAAUAUAACAAUCCAUCCGGUUGCGGAUCGGACAUAGCAUUUCCUUACUUCAUAUCAUUCUACGUUCUCUGUUCCUUUCUGAUAAUCAAUCUAUUCGUUGCCGUCAUUAUGGACAACUUUGAUUACUUGACGAGAGACUGGUCGAUAUUGGGACCGCAUCAUUUGGACGAGUUUAUUCGUUUAUGGUCCGAAUACGAUCCCGACGCGAAAGGUCGUAUCAAGCAUCUCGACGUUGUAACGCUCCUACGAAAAAUAUCACCGCCCUUGGGUUUCGGUAAACUAUGUCCGCACAGGGUCGCCUGCAAGAGGCUGGUUUCGAUGAACAUGCCGUUGAACAGCGACGGCACGGUCCUUUUUAAUGCGACCCUAUUCGCCGUUGUAAGAACAUCACUGAGGAUUAAAACGGAAGGAAACAUCGACGAUGCUAACGCCGAACUUAGAGCCGUGAUUAAGAAGAUUUGGAAGAGAACCAGUCCAAAACUUUUAGACCAAGUCGUACCACCGCCUGGAGUCGACGACGAGGUAACGGUCGGCAAGUUUUACGCGACUUUCCUCAUCCAGGAUUACUUUCGUAGAUUCAAGAAGCGCAAAGAACAGGAAAUGAGAGAGGGUGACAAGGAAUGUCAUAAUACGGUAACGCUACAGGCUGGCUUGAGAACUUUGCACGAAGCAGGUCCCGAAUUGAAGAGAGCGAUUUCUGGUAAUUUGGAAGAGCUUAUGGACGACAAUCCGGAACCUACGCACAGGAGAAAUCAUUCGCUCUUCGGUAGCGUCUGGUCAAGCAUGCGUAAAGGACAUCACAGUUUCCAUAGAGCGAGGUCGCUCAAAGUGAACUCCAAGGCUUCCCCCACAAAUUCCAUAGACUUUCUGUCGUAUUCCUCUUUGCAGAGGGGCGUCGGAUCAGACGCUCCUAAUCAAAUCACCGCAAGAUCUCAUCAAGUCGUGCCAAACGUAGCUGGUGGUCUAAGCGACAGUGCGAUGAACCAAAUGGGAAUGGACCCGAGAUUAACUGGCGUCGAAGAAAAUAUUCCCUUGAGACCUCUCGCCGUCUUUGGCAAUACUACGCAACGUUCAGCCUAUCAUAGCUCUUACAAAAUGGUCGGUCUUCAGGACGGAGUCGAGCGGCAGUUGACGCCACCUACCCCUCCGCCACGAAGGAUACCAGGACAGAGCACUAGCAGCACCGUUACGAGCAUCGGCACGACCCACCCUACCACCGCCGUCACUGGCACCGCCGUCACUGACACAGUCGUCACAGCCGUCACGGGAACGAGCGCAAACACCUCGACUACCGCGACCAGCCCCACUUCCUCUUCGAAUGGCACCAAUCGUUACUAUACCUAUGCGACGGGGGGCUGCUGCGUCGAUUGUGCCGUCUGGAGCAAUCACGAAAUGCGAGAAGACAACGAAUUCGAUCUCGUACCGGACACGAGCGUGGCCGUAGACGAUCAGGAGGAAGAAGAGGAGGAGGAGGAGGAGGAGGAGGAGGAGGAGGAAGAGGAGGAAGAGGAGGAGGAGGAGGAGGAGGGAGAAGAGGAGGAGGAGGAGGAGGAGGAGGAGGAGGAGGAGGACGACGACGAGGAGGAAUCGUCGAUCGCAAGUGGUACCAGCGAUUCCUGCACGUGGAACAACUCCGAGGGUGGUGCACGUCCAAUGGCAAAAUCACCAUUGUCCGCGGGAAAUAUAAAGAGAACGACGAGUCCGACGUUGCGGCCUGCGGCUGCGGCGGCGGCGACGACGACGAUGCAAAUACGCAAAUUUGGAAGUGAACGAGCACGAGGACAUGGACGAAUUGCGGCUGGACCGUUAAGACCGAGCAUCCUGUUCGCGCGGUCGCGACGUCAGAGCGACACCAGCGGAAAAUCGGCCCCGUCUAGUUUCCGUAGAUGUCGCGAGGCCGUUUCCGAAGCGGCCGACGGGACCGCGAGCGACCCUCCGAGCGACCCUCCGAGCGACCCGCCGAGCGACGCCGUCGAAGGGACCAUCGGGGGGACCAUCGGUGGGACCAUCGGAAGCCUCGCCAACGGCCUCAAAAUGGCGCAGACUCAGGCGAUCACCGUUGCCGGUUUCUUCGCCGACGUCGACUCGCGUCAAUGGCGCGUCUGCGAGUCCUGCUUCUCCCACCGAGCCUCCUUCCACGGCAGAGUUCCAUCCUGGGCCGGGGAGAGCAACGGAAGCGUCGGAGCCGAACGGCUUUCUCAUAGUUUGCCUGGUAGUCCUGCCGAUCGAAAGCCGAACUUCGAAGUGAUCGGAAGCGCCGAGAGUUUAGUCGGACGGGUGCUCGUUGAACAGGGACUGGGCAAGUAUUGCGACCCAGAUUUCGUGAGGUACACGUCUCGCGAGAUGCAGGAGGCUUUGGACAUGACGCGAGAGGAGAUGGAUCGAGCGGCUCAUCAGUUGCUUUUGCAAGAGCGACGUAGUCAAUCGUUCAGGUAUCACCAGCAGCAACCACAGCAGCAACCACAGCAGCCACAACAGCAGCAACAGCCUGACAUGGACCAACAGUGGAAUCCCGCGUAUCAGCAGACGAUCGGAAUAGGUUAUCAGCCCUUGCAGGAGCAACCACCGAGUGGUACGCAGCGAACGUUCCAUCAUCAACCGAGCUACCAUCGUCAAGGACAACAGCAGCAACCACCCUCUUAGCAGCAGGAAGACGAUCGCUCGGUCAAGAGAAUUCCGUCUACGUAGCCUCGAGUUCGAACACUCCUUUCAGACCGGUCCAAGUCGCGAGCCGUUCGAUCUUCCUCCGAUCGAUCGAGAGAGAGAGAGAGAGAGAGAGAGAGAGAGAGAGGGAGAGAGAGAGAGAGAGAGAGAACACUUUUCACUGAUCAUUUCACACUCGUACGAGACGCGACCGUUGUGUACCACACUACCCAAAAAAAGCCCCUUUUCUACUUUCCGAAUAUUUUUAUCGAUCGAUCGACGAGAAUCCACUUUUCUUCGGAUUUCGACGGCACGUUCGAUUUUCGAGGAAGCACAGAAUGACGGAUCGCGCGUUAGGUAAUUAUCAAACUUUUCUUUUCUUUUCUUUUCUUAUCGUUAAGCUAGCGAGAAGACGAUAUACCAAGUUGGACGAAAACGCAAAAUCAUCUUUUUCCCGUGGAAUUGACGUUGAUUUGAGACGUACAACGUUUUUCUAUGUGUAUAUGCAUAACAAACGUUGAUUUCGUAAUCCCUUAUUUUCUCGGCACUCGAAGACUUGAAAUCGGUCAGCCGAGAUCCGCAAACCUCGACGGACUUCCGUCCGAGAAGUGGAGGAAUAAGAGGAAGACAAAUCUUCCUUUUUUCCUUUUUUCUCUUUCAUUGAUACGGUAUAAAUAGAGCUAUAUAUACGCACACAUUAUUAUUAUUAUUAUUAUUAUCAUCAUCAUCAUCAUCAUAACUAUUAUUAUUAUUAUUAU